AAGCGGACAUUGUCGGAGCAAGUUAACAAAGAUAACAGGCUCAAAAACAAGAUCGGGGCUUUAUUCCUCACUUUUCUUCGCGGACAGUUUUAUAAUCCCCGGUUUUCGGACAGGCUAGGGCCCAGGCAGGGAGGCUGGCUGCUGUCAUGUUGUGUUUGGAGGAUGUUUCUCCCCGCAGGCUGAUGAUGUCGCCGGGACUCGCUAGUUCCGCCUGCGUCUCUCAGCUGCUCCGCUGCUUUUAGUUCACUGUCGUCCCACUUGCUUGAUUCCUCAGGAUGACGGGGCAUGGUACCGGAGCUUUCCAAGACCCCUCACAGGGUUCGGUGGAACGGGGGGAGCAGCUGCACACCUUACCUAAAGACACCCCUGGGUCUCCAGAUGCCUCUGAGUUGGGGAGUCCUCGUUGUGCACCAAACUUUGACCUCCUCCACAUGGUUGUGUCUUACAAGAGAAUGGCUCUGUAUCUAGAACCAGUUGUAGAUGGAGUCGAGCUCAUUCGCCACAUGCUCGGAUGGAAGAUGCCGCUGUGCUCUCUUCUAGUUUGUAUUUUCCUAAAUAUCUUCCUUUGCACAAUUACUGAAGUUGGUUGGUUCACAUUGAGUGUGGUGGCAGUGUCGGUGCCUGCAGCCCUGGGUUACCUGCAGGACAGGUGUGGGGGCAGAGCCUCAGAAGCUGAGCUCCAGAGGAGGUGCUAUCACGCUGUACACCGUAGAGACCUGCAGACAGUGCAUCUCACCAAACAGGAGGCCAUGCUGGAAGUCAAAGACCUGUUGAAGUAUCUGGAUGACUUGUUGUCUUCAGCUUGCCACUCAGCAGAAGAUAUUUACAAAGUCAUAUACUGGGAUAAUCACACCAAAUCGACACGGUUCUAUGGGGGGAUGUUGAUAGCAGUGUGUCUGCUUUAUGUGGCUCCUGUGGGCUGGUUGCUUGCCGGGCUCAACAGCGCCAUCUUCCUGUGGAACAGAGAUUUCUUCAGAGUUUUAAUGGACCUUCGGAAGCUGUUCCACACGGGGCAGAGUCAGACCUCAGUGGGGGAGAGUGAAGAACCGGAAAUGAGUAAUUUGUUGGACAGGACCCCCACACCAACUAGUCUGGAGGACCUCUCUCCUGGCAGUGUAGAGGAAGCUGAGGAGGCUGAGCCAGAUGACGAAUUUAAAGAUGCCAUUGAGGAAAAUUCAGUUUCACUUCAGGAAACCCCUUUGGUCUUGUUGGAGGAUGACGACGGCCCUCUUGGAGCUCCGGAGUAUGACACCAUCUCUGAAAAUGGACUCCUGAGUCGUAAUGAACCAAUACGCAGUAAAGUGUCUAAACUGACGGAGAAACUACGUAAACGCUACCCCACUGCCAGCACAGGCAACUGUUCCAGCUGUAACGCCGUCUUCUCAGUUCUAAAGAAAAGGAGGAACUGCAGUAACUGUGGCAACAGCUUCUGUUCCCGAUGCUGCUCUUUCAAGGUGCUGAGAUCUUCCAUGGGAGCAACAGCUCCAGAGGCGCAGAGAGAAACCGUGUUUGUGUGUGCUGCAUGUAAUUCCUCCCUCAUCAAGUUACAGUGAGAUGCUGUCGGUUUCAUCUCCUGAGCCCAUCACUGAAACCUGAACCCACAUGCUUCGGUUUUCGAGUAAACAUCUGUCAAGAUAUCAUCUGUGUGCGUUUUGAAGGCACCCCCGUAUUUACCUACUUGCAGAACCCUUUCCUGUCGCUUAUGGGAUUCAUACUGUAAUGUGUUCAAAUAUUUCCUGCUUGAACUCCAACUGGACCUCACGAGACUUCGAACCUUAAUACACAGCAUCAAAGCUCCACAGUCCAAGGACAUCAAUCUUUUUCCCCCUUGUUUGGGCAAAGUGGAGUGAAAAUCUUGCAAGGUGAAGCUCAAGACUCAGCCUGUGGUCUUAGGUAUAAGCACAAAGGACGUCAGUGGCUCUUUACACACUUUACCUUACCACAAAGUUGGAUGUUCAGGCCUCUGCAGUGAAUACAGUAGAAUUACAGUGAUGUGAGUUUACUUUAGAUGGCAGAUGAGCAUGUAGUUAGGUGUUUGCACCAGGCAAAACUGGAUUUCUUGUGUUCAAAUAAAAAAUGAAUGAGAAGUUCUGUGUUUGACGCAGAACAGCAAAACUCGUCAACCCCCCCCCACUCCCCCACAGGCUUUCCUCUCUCCACACCUGGAUCCUCAACAGUUCAUAGUUUUGUAUAACUCUUAAUUUUCUUCAAGAUUUUGCCCUCAAUUUGGUGAGUGGACAGAUCAUUUCUUACAAAGAGCAUUUUAAGCAAAUUAUGUGUUUUCGUUACAGUGAGAACCUGCUACUGAAAUACUCCCUGUUGCUUGAAACAUACUGUUUUCCAAUUAUGUUUGCACUCAAUGGAGUUUGUGCAUCCCAGAGGGAGUAGAUGGGAUUUGCAGGAUAAACGAUUACUUAGUGAAUAAGCACGACCUGCUGUUAUUUAAGUGACAUUUCUGACUGUGAUCUUCUACUGGAGGCCGAGACAGAAACUCUUAAAAUUAUGAAAUAAUCAGAUUGCUUCUUUCCAUUGUUUCUUUCCUGUGUGGACAAAUAACCUUAUUGUAGUACAGCCUAGAGACAAAAUGUCCCUGAAUCUUCUCCUCUAACUGGAUGGAAGUUAAACCAACAGGAUUUGAAGGGAUGGAGAAACCACCUGAAACUCUUUCCUGAGCCUCACUUUCUCGCAAGCAGGACUUGACUUGAAGAAGCCGGUUAGAGACUUUGAAACCCAGGAGGUGGAUCCUGGCUGCAAAUUUUAAUCAGCUCAGACACGGAUGAUUGUAAACAUUUGCUUUGCUUUUACGGUAAUCCUAUAUACACUGUUACUGUACAUUGUUGUAACUGUUCAUUAUCUAAUAUAUUUAAUGCAAAACUCCAAAAGAGCAAGUUGUUUGAUGGAGUGGUUAUUUCUGUGUAUUUUGUCCCUCACUUAAAGGUUGUAGUAUAUUAUCAUUGAAAUAAAAUGUGAAGAUUUAAUUUAAAGAAAGUAACAAAUGUACAGUGGAACCUGGAAUACUUGAUGUAGAAAUAUUAUCGCCAAUACUGUUGGAUCAUAAUAUUAGGGAAUUUUGCUUUGAAAAGCUCUCAUCAAAUUUCAUUUCUAGUUCUAUUUUAUGUAUUUAUCCGCCUGACCAUGAUCCAGAGAUUGGACCAAUAUUUUAUGCAUGUAAUUCAUCUUGGGCAGCAUGCAUGUGAAGAAUUCAGACAAUUAAUCAAUUCACUUUUUAAUUUUCUAGAUGUAUUUUUAGAUAUCAAAGUGUAAAAUCUGAAAGAGUUUUAAACGAUAUGUCAACCACAUUGUUAUGUUUGUUUUACAGUGAGUCUCCAAUUUCAAAUGAUAAAACCAGCGGAAAUUAUUGGCUUGCUUCUACAGGUUUUGUUGUCUACAGUGGCUUUCACCCUAUGAACCCGCUCAUUUAAUACCUGACCACCAGGGAGCGCAAAAUGCAAACCGUGUAAUUAAAUGAAACUUAGAAAUAAAUAUUUGUCAUGUAGAUAAAUUAUAAAACCCCUCUGAUAUGCAAAGAGCCACCUGUGUUUACCUCUGACUUAAAAGUCAGUUGAUGGGUUGCUUAGAUUUAGGCAA